AUGCCGAUCUCUAGUUCGCCAACCCCUUCGCCAAGGCGUUUGAUCUGGAGCUGUUGUCACCGAGGGAAAGGCAGCUACUCAAGUACAGAAAUGGUCUCGACGUUGUCUUGGGAGACCAGGUCGCACACUAGCUGUUCUUCGACACCGACCGCAACGGAGAGGUCGACUUCAAAGAGUUCAUCCAAGGAGUGUCUCAAUUCAGUGUUAAGGGCGACAAAGAAUCAAAGCUUAGUCGCGUUCCGGAUAUACGACAUGGACAACGAUGGCUUCAUAUCGAACGGAGAGCUGUUCCAAGUGCUGAAGAUGAUGGUCGGCAACAAUCUGAAAGACACACAAUUGCAGCAAAUCGUCGACAAAACGAUCGUUUUUGCGGACAAAGACGAAGACGGAAAGAUCUCUUUCGAAGAGUUUUGUUCCUUGAGGGCUGAGACUGUUGGGAUAGUUGUAGGAAAUACUGAUAUUCAUAAGAAAAUGGUAGUCGACGUCUAGGUCUGGGCGGACAGUCUCUGUUCACUCUUCUUAUACAAAGACUUUGUGUUAAUAUUUUGCAUCAAUCAAUGAGAACAUCAUUUAUACCAUUAAAUUAUCUUUUGGAUUGCAUUUUGUGUUCGUUUGGCCAAAAAACAACUGAAACUCUGAGAGAAAUAUUGGAUUUAAAUUUAAGGCAAAGGUUUUGUUAACAAGUUUUUUGUUCAUCAUUUAUCGAUUCCAUAAAAUAAUUGUAUUUCUAAUUAUCGCUAAAAAUCUUGUAUUUUUCCAUUUAAUAUAAGCUCUUAAUCAAUCACUUAAUUCCCAAUCCCUUGAAUGCGAUUUCCAUUUGGUGUCACUUUUUUAAUAUAAGAAAUUUUUCGGACAAUUGGUUAUUGAAAACAAAUUCAAUUAAUAUGAUAUGAGAGUCAGACAAACAAUAUGUGAAUUAACUGUGUUUUGGCCCCAAAUGAUUGCCUUUGAAACUCAUGAGAUGGUUUGGUCACUAAUGUAUUGAUAUAUUUGUUGGCUUUUAGUAUAUUUAUUGUUAUAAACUUUACAAUUGAAGACAAACGUCGAGCGAAAGCACAACCGAUUGAAGGCAUAAUUACUUCCCUUAGUUUACAAAACAUUGUUUCAAAAGCAUGUUUCAAUAUUUUCUAAAAGUAAUAUAUGAAUGAAAAUCUAACUAAAGUGACAAAACGAGAAAAUAUUUUCACCCAAAAUAAUGACCGACAUAUGGAUUGAAAUUUGCAAACAUUUAGAAGACAUGCAAUCGAUAUUAAGAUUUGUAUUCAAAUUGUAUUUAAAUAUACUAUAAAUCAAAUGAAGACUUUCUCUCAUAAGCC